CCACACAGCCAGGACAAUGUGCUGUUCCUUACGUUUUCCAGGUGGUUCCUGGAAGCCCUGCAGUAUUCCAAGUUCUCCACGGCCAACGUCCUCAACGGCCUCCUCAUGACGCUGGUCUUCUUCGUGGUGCGGAUCCUGCCCAUCCCUUCCUUCUACAGCUUCAUGCUCUCCGUGGUGGGCACCGAGCCCUACGCCCGGCUGGGGCUGCUGACGCAGUGCUCCUGGGCCGUCUCGUGCGCGGUGCUGGACGUCAUGAACGUCAUAUGGAUGGUCAAGAUCUCCAGGGGCUGCCUCAAGAUCAUCGCGCUCAUGAGGCACGAGAAAGCCAGCAGCAGCCUUCGGAACGGCAAGCUGGACUGAGCGCGGACAGCGGGGCCCGGCGGGUGCACUCCUGGCAUGUUCUCCUGCUUCCGCAUCAAUUACACAUGUUAUCCAGGGUUUCAGUCUCCCUCUCCCUCUCUCUCUCUCUCUCUCUCUCUCUCUCUCUCUCUUUAAAUUUUUACCUGUAGGAAAGAGAAACUAAAAUUUUGUUUUUAAUCCCAAGAUUUCUUUCUUGAUUUUCUUGUGCAUCCUAAGCAUGGACAGAGCGUGAAGGUUUGAAUAAAAGGUGACACACAGGGUGUGGGUCUUUCCAGGGCUCCGAGACCUGCCCCGGCAUCUUCCCCGCCAGGCGGUGCGGGCCACCACGCGCCUGCUUUCCCGUCUCGGUCCUGCGGGGGGGAGGGGAGCUGCCUGUGAGUGUGUGUGCGGCUCAGCGUCUGCACCGCGCGCCCUGCCCGCUGCGGCUGCGCGGCCGGUUCCUGAGCGGCCCCUUUCGGAGGCUGUUCCUCGUGCUUCCUUGUAGAUGCGACACUGACUCAGGACGGAGCCAUCUAGUCCUUUGGGCCGUGGGCGAGUUCAGGCGUGGGAAGUCCCUUCUGCAUGUGUAGGCUCCUCGGAUGUCACUUUAUUUCUAUUUUUAGCAUUUUAUCAAAUCACUGCCUUUUCCGUUGCGCAGUGGGUGUAAGGCAGGUCUUACCGAGCUCCUUGAGCGGUGAAUGCCUCCUCCCAGAGGCUCGGCCAGGCGCCCCGAAACCCGCGGGAGGCACCCCGAGAAGCAGCUCCUGCCCUGCUGUCUCGGCUUCCCUUGCGUGUCUCUGUGAAAACCAGACUAUUUUUAUUGGCACAACGAGCCCAGCGUUCAGAGCCCAAGAGCAGCAGAACCGACGCCCGAGGUGACGUGUGUCCCGCGCCAAAGCAGGCCUCAUUCUGACGUGACCGACGUGACGAAAAAGUCCAUAUGCAGCCUCGGCGCGGACGCCACGCUCGCUCGUGAGCAUUGGCGGGCCCUGGACGCCCCUCUCCUGAGGGCAGGGGGCCCAGAGGCUCCCUCCCCGCUCCCUCCUGACCAAGCCAGGCGAGGCCUGGCCAGGGCUGGGCCGUGGCUUCCUGCUGUGUUCGUCUCAGGAUGAGUUUGCUUUGGUUCUGGCAGCCCAGACACAGAAGGACGAUGUCCCCUCUCGUGGCCUUUCUGGGUUCUCCUCCAGGACUUGCCUGUCACGCGUGUUCCUACCUGAGAGCAGCAGAAACUUGACGUCACGGCGGCGAAUACUCGCAUUUAAUUGAACCCAAACCCAAAAAGCUCCAGUCCGUUCCUCCGUCGGCCUCCUUUUCCUGUGUCUGUGGCCGCGGGAGGCGGCUGGAGACGGGGAGACCUGGGGUUGGGCUGGGCUGGGCUGGGCUGGGCUCAAGUGUGAGAACGUUUGGAGAAGGUAAUUGAAAUCUCAGUCAUAACCACAGGAUAACAUGAGGUGGUCUGGCUUAGUUUUGAAAGAUGUAAAGGAAGGUGAGCUCCAGGUUUUUGUCUUUAAAGCUGCUCCUGUGACAGGAAUACGUGUCACUAAGUCACAGGCACCAGGCACGGGGGAGCGAAGCAGCGGUUUCUCUUGUUCUUUUUUUGCUCUUUGGCAAGGAAACUGGCUUUGUUUUUUUUUUUUUAAAGGAAAACACUUAUAUGAGAGAACUAUGUUGGAAAUGAGUUCCUUUAGAAAGAACUAAAACUUGAAAUACAUAUUUUUGACUCUGAAUGUCCCCUGUAGUUUCCGGAAGCAGGUUGUCACCCCGCGGGCGCAGGAAGCACAGUCUCCACCGGCUGAAAACCCCGUUCGCUCCGGGGCAGCGCCAGGGCCGGCGCAGUUAGGACGUAAGAGCUUCGAACUACCGUCUGGGAUCCCCUCGCCGCAGCGGUUACUGAUGCCGCCUGUGACAGCGCCCGGAGUCACAUCCGAUGACGGGGAUGCUGUGCGUGUCUGCGGGCAGGAGGCCCCGAGGGAGGGGACGCUGCUCCCUGCUCACUGCUCUGCUUCAGGCCUUGCUGUGCGGCGGCCGCCACCCCCGAAGCUAUAAAGACAGAGCAUGACAGUGACUAAACGGGCGCUUCGUUGCCGAAGUGACGGACUUUCUUGCUAGAAUUUUACAUAUGAAGUAUUUUGACAACAUGGAUUAAUUCCAACGAUUCUAUUGGGCGUUCGAUGUUAACUCCUGUUAAAUGUUUAUAGAAAAUAAAAAGCAACUUGGUACACAUUGUUAA